CUCGGAGACUGAAGACCUGAAUAAGACCUGAGGGGGUCUGAAUAAGACCUGAGGGGGUCUGAAGGAGAGCCGGACUAGAGGACAGCAUGUCUCUGCUGAAGCAGCGGGGCAGGGAGCUAGAACGGUUCGACGGACUCUCCCUCAUCUACUGGACACUAAUGGGUCCAUACGGAGUAGACAGAGCGGUUCAUUCCAUGGAGUUUACAGACUGUGAGAACGGCCUGGGGAUUAAAGUGAUCGGAGGAGUAAAGGAGCUGACUGGAGAGGAGUUUGGAGUCUACGUCAAACGAAUUUUACCAGGUGGCCUUGCAUCAAGUGAUGGAAACCUGUUGCCAGGAGACCAGAUCUUGGAGGUGAACGGGGACAGUCUAGUAGGCGUCACAAGUGAAAGAGCGGUGGAUGUGUUGAGAGCAGCGUCUGCAACCAAUCACAUGCGUCUUCUCAUCGCCAGAGACGAGGAAGCAAAGAGAGAAUUUGCUGACUUGCUGGAGAAGUACGGAUCUAAUGGAAGCACCGGAUCAACACGCAACUCCCCCAUUCAGCAAGGAGGACGCUACCUGGACAGCACCUCGUCUGGGUCCUCGUCUCGCUCCCAGAGUCCUCUGUUGUUGAGUCCAGCAGGUUCUCAGAACACCUACAGCACCAGUGGGCCCAUGCUGCGCUCCCUCAGUCAUCCAGGUGAAGGAGUCAUCCAGCUCAUCUCAGUGGCUCGGUCCAGCAGUUUGGGCAUCACCAUCGGAGGAGGCUCCAACAAGCCGGACGGCCCGGCGGUCUUCAUCCAGGAGGUGCUGUCAGGAGGAGACUGCCACCGGGAUGGACGUCUGCGUCCUGGAGAUCAGCUGAUCGCAGUGAACAAGGAGUCAUUGAUAGGAGUGACCCACGAGGAGGCCAGGAGCAUGCUGAACAAAGUCAAACUCAGCCAGGACGGUUCUGUAGAGAUCGCCUUCAUCCCCGGUAAAGGACUGUUCCCCAGCAGCACGUCUCUCCACAACGGAGUCCAGAGAGCAACCGGCAACAACAACUACAGCAACUCUGGACGCCUAAAGGUCCACAUCAGAUCACCAGAGAUCUGUACGGAGGAACCAGCUCCAGUGUCUUCUCCUUCUCCUGACAUCUGCCCACCAGAUAUUCAUAUUUCUGGUUCAACCAGCCAAAGGUCACCAACGGGGGCCAAACCUAAGAUCACCCUGGACCCCUACAUACGCCUCAAAUCAGACAAAUUAGACUUGGCUUUGUCCUUCCUCGGGUUGGAUGUGACAGAAGAGAAGAGGAAGAAGUUGAGACAGAGUCUGACCACAGAUCCACAAGGCACCGUGGCCUAUGGAGACUUUGUGGAGGCGACCAGGAACACGUUCCAGGAGGACCUGGAGGAGCUGGGUCUGGGGGCGGGGCCCUUCAUGUUCUCCUAUCACGAAGCAGCAAGUUUGAUGGACACGUCUGCCUUCCACUCCCCCACAUAUGAGUCAGAGUGCAGCUACAGCAGUGAGGAGAUGGAGCAGUUUCAGACGGAGGUGAAGCAGCUGCAAACCCAGAUGAAGCAGCUAAAGGUGAUGCUAAAGGACAUGGAGAACAGCAAGAAAACCCUGGAGGAGGAGCUGCAGAAGACGUCAGAGAAAGCGUGUCUGACCGUGGAGGAGAACACCCGUCUGAAGAGCCGUCUGCAGGCAGCGGAGGCCGACGCCGGCACCCGGCAGGCCAGCACCGCGGAGCAGGACUACGAGGAGGUGAUCCAGCUGCUGGAGGCCGAGAUCAAAGACCUGAAGAACCAGCUGGCCAGCAAGAGGCAAGCUCGAGGUCUGGAGACCACCAAGGAGGAGGUGCUGGAGCUGAACAGGAGGCUCACCACUAUCGACUGCCAGCUGAGAAAGUCUGAGCUGAGCAGGAAACAUCUGGAGAUCUCCAACAAGAAACUACUGGGCUUUGCACAGAACGUCCACAAAGUGUUGACGACUCCCAGUCUGUUUGUAGGAGAAGGAGGGAGCAGCAGGUCCUCUCCAGCCACCGACAGCCCCGACACCCCCUCCCCACUCCCUGAUCCGGCAUUUCAACUCGCUGUGGAGGCCAAAGAGCUGGUGGCGGGGGUCUGCUCCCCCACUGAGGACAAAGCCUCAGUGAGUGUGUUGGAGGCAGCAUCAGAUGUUAAUCCUCAGAAUAUCUGAGCAGCGAGGAGCCAGAGAGGACUGAGAGAGGACGUUGGCCGGCUGAAGAGGCUGAACGAGCAGCUGAACCCACAACAGACUGGAUGCCAUCUAAUACACCAUGUCCAAAUCAUGACGUUACCGCAGCAAAUUCAAAUGCCAAAGCUUCCUCACACACACACACACACACAUCUAAUAAUUAGUGUCUUCUAAAUAUCUGACAGUCUUUGUGAAGGGUUCAGCAGUGGAGGUGUUGCUCACAGCCACGGCUCUCGUCAUUCGCCGAUAAUAACUGCACACAAGUCUCGAGGAGAAGUGCUCUGCCAAAUAAAAAGUCUGCUGGAGUUCUUCUUCCUGUGACAGCAGGUGGUGUUGGAGGAGCUGCAUGAUCGAGUCCACCACUCACGCUGCUGUAAACCUUGUUAUUACUCCUCCCUGGCCACAUCUCCGACCCCCCCACCCCCCAUGGAUUGCAUGUAUAGGAGGACAUAUUAUGUUGGAAAGGACAAUCUAGAGCUGGUCUGUUCAAAGAGUCUUCCUCUGUGUCAUCAUAACGUUCUGCCAUCUGGUUCCAUCACACACUCUGUAAAAAAAUAAGGUGUUUAAAACCAGAUAAAACACUAAAUCUGAGGGAAAUGAUCUUGCUGCAUGGACAGAUAAUUUCACUUGACAAGAUUUCUUAAAUUAAGAUUGUUAAAUCUAGAAAUAAGAUGAACACUUACAUUUGAAAUUAACUCUUAUAACAAGAAUAAAAGCUGAAUAAAACCACAUGAAACCAGAAUAAAACCACAUAAAACCAGAAUAAAACCACA